UUCCUGUAGCCCACCAUGGCACCGGGGGACGUGGUGCCAGAGAAUGCCAAGGAGAAACGUCCAGGAAACAGGGCGUCCAAAGCAGAAUGUGAGCCUGACGGCUCAUUUGUCUUUGAGGCUCAUGAAGCCUGGAAGGACUUCCAUAACUCUCUAAGGCAUUUCUAUGAAGUCGGGGAGCUGUGUGAUGUCACACUGAAGGUUGGCAGUAGAUUGAUACCAUGUCACAAGUUAGUUCUAGCUUGUGUUAUUCCCUACUUCCGGGCCAUGUUCCUGUCAGACAUGUCUGAAGCCAAGCAGGAUCUUAUAGAGAUUAAAGACUUUGAUGGAGAUGCCAUCCAGGACUUGGUGCACUUUGCCUAUUCCUCCAAACUCACUCUAACUGUUGACAAUGUUCAGCCUCUGCUCUAUGCUGCUUGCAUCCUGCAGGUGGAGCUGGUUGCCAGAGCCUGCUGUGAAUACAUGAAGGCCCACUUCCACCCCACCAACUGCCUUGCAGUUCGAACCUUUGCUGAGAGCCACAACCGUGUGGACCUGAUGGACAUGGCCGACCGCUAUGCCUGCGAGCACUUCACCGAGGUGGUGGAGUGUGAGGAUUUCACAUGCGUGUCACCCCAACACCUGCGCACAUUAUUAUCCUCUUGCGACCUCAAUAUCCACUCAGAGACACAAGUGUAUAACGCAGCUGUGAAGUGGCUGAAAGCAAACCCGCAGCACCAUGAAGCCUGGCUGGACCAGAUAAUGUCUCAGGUGCGGCUGCCGCUGCUGCCGGUGGAUUUCCUCACAGGAACAGUGGCGAAAGAAGAGAUGAUCAAAGGUAACCUGGACUGCCGUGACCUGAUGGACGAGGCCAGAAACUAUCAUCUCCACCUCAGUAACAAGGUGGUCCCAGACUUUGAGUAUUCUGUCCGCACAGUCCCACGGAGGCACACAGCAGGGGUUCUGUUCUGUGUGGGGGGCCGGGGAGGUUCUGGGGACCCGUUUCGCAGCAUCGAAUGCUACUCGAUCACUAAAAACAGCUGGUUCUUUGGGCCUGAAAUGAACAGCAGACGGCGACAUGUGGGAGUGAUAUCUGUUGGAGGUAAGGUUUACGCUGUUGGUGGCCAUGAUGGUAAUGAGCACCUGGGUAAUAUGGAGAUGUUUGAUCCACUGACCAACAAGUGGAUGAUGAAAGCCUCCAUGAAUACAAAACGGAGAGGGAUCGCACUGGCAGCUCUGGGUGGUCCUAUAUAUGCUAUUGGAGGUCUUGAUGACAACUCCUGCUUCAAUGAUGUGGAGCGUUACGAUAUAGAAAACGACAGCUGGAGCGCUGUGGCACCGAUGAACACGCCCAGAGGAGGAGUUGGCUCUGUGGCUUUGGGGAGUUACGUGUACGCAGUGGGAGGAAACGAUGGGGUGGCGUCACUGUCCAGUGUGGAGAGGUUCAAUCCCCACCUCAACAAGUGGACGGAGGUGUGCGAGAUGGGCCAGCGGCGGGCAGGAAAUGGAGUCAGCAAACUCAAUGGCUGCCUCUAUGUUGUCGGCGGCUUUGAUGACAACUCUCCCCUGAGCUCCGUGGAGCGUUUCGACCCUCGGUUGCACCGCUGGGAGUACGUGGCAGAGCUCACCACCCCACGCGGAGGGGUCGGGGUCGCUACGGUAAUGGGCCGGGUGUUUGCAGUUGGAGGACACAACGGGAACAUAUACCUGAACACAGUGGAGGCGUUUGAGCCGAGGAUGAACAGAUGGGAACUGGUGGGUUCUGUGUCCCACUGCCGGGCCGGAGCCGGGGUUGCCGUAUGCUCAUGUCAUGUCAGCCAGAUCAGAGACGUCGGACAGGGCUCCAGUAAUGUGGUCAACUGCAUGUGACAGCCGCCCCACAUUUGACAAAGGUGACUGACCGCAGAGUGGCCAUUGGAUCCAAUCGCUGCACUAAACACAGAGAGCAGAGCAGCUGGCGUAUGCUCAGUCAGCUGUAUAAGAAACAUUAGAGAGAAGGAAAAGACUUGAUUAAAGGAAAAGCACAGCAACAAUUUUCAUUUCAUGAUUCUAGACUUCUGGUGUUAUUUGUAAUCUUUGAUGGGGUAUUUUGUACUGUAUCUUCUUCUGUUUGGACUUUUUUUCAGUAGAUACUAUUUGCUAAGAUUUUAUUUAGAAAAACCUCCUGAGAAUGAUCCUAUUCAGAAAAACAAAUACUGUAAUGGCCAGUAAGAGGAUUAUUUAUCUCUGAGAAGGCUGCCUAUAUAGUGCUGCACUGUUUUCAUAUAUCUAGAUCAGUACUCUACUGGACCAUCUAUCUGAGUUUGGAUGUUGUUAAAUUUUCCUUUACUCUCACUCCAAGAUAAGUAAAGGGUUUCUGCUCCUGGAUUUGCAGCUUUUUCAUGUGUUUUUUUUUUUUUGCUCGGUUUGGGGAAUCCCAAAACUACUGACUGAGAUAAUCAGCUGAAUCCUUUCCUUCCAUCCUUUCCUUCAUUGCUGACAGAGGUGUUAUGAAAAGAUCAAAGCAAUAUGUUGCACCACUUUAAGGUUUGUAUCUGCAGAUGGUUCCAUUAUAUUUCAAUAUAUGAACAUUUUUGUAUAAUCCAGCAAUUCCUAACUACAUAAUCCUUUUGCUGUUCUCUAUUUUCCUAGAAUAGAUGUGAAGUUUGAGUAUAUUUUUGUCCAAAUUCAAUUCAUGUAUGUAUUUAAGUGGUUCUGCCAAAUGGAAAAGGGGAAUAUUUAUAACCUUUGGCAGAAUUUUCGCAAUAGGAGCUCAGACAACUCUUUCAGAUAUACUAUUUGUACGAGAAGAAUUACAAAGAGUUGCUCAGAUAUGGUGCAGCUGGUGUUUAUCAAUCAUUUUUAUAGCUAACUUGAAGCCAGUUUUGUCUUUUUAAAUGUCUGUGUGUGAAAUGUGAGCUGCGUGACUUUAUUGUUCUUACAUAGUGUGGAUAUAAAAUGG